AUGGAUCCCACAGAUCCCGACGCUCUAGCCGACCGCCUCGAGGACCUCGCCCUGUCGUCGACCCGAGCCUCGGGCGGCGGGAGGCGAGGGGGUGGGAAGGGAAGGGGCGGUAGGGGUGGGAGAGGAGGUGGCAGAGGGGGUGGUGGUGGUGAAGGGGGGAGGGCGCAGCGCGAGGUGGAUUUGUCGAGGGCGCUGUCGAGGCUGUUGAGGCAUCGGGCGGGGGAUGCGGGGGUCGAGUUGGAUAGGGAGGGGUUUGCGGAUUUGGGGAGGGUGAUUCAAUGGGGCCCUAUCCGCGCCCUCGCUCCCACAUUUUCAGAGAUCCUCAACGCCGUCCACAACAACGACAAGAAGCGCUUCACCAUCAAGCCCAACCCGGCCACCAACCCAGACCUCGACGAGUCCUCCACCAACCCGUCCGAGUGGCUCAUCCGGGCCAACCAAGGCCACUCCAUCAAGCUGGACAGCGAGCACCUUCUCAAGGCCCUCGCCCUGCCGGCCGACGACAAGGACGGCACCGCCGCCCUCCCCGAGGGCGCCGUCGCCAUCCCACCCGCCGUCAUCCACGGCACCUACUUUGCCUUUUGGCCGUCCAUUGUCGCCAGCGGCGGGCUCAAGCCCAUGGGGCGGAAUCACGUGCACUUUAGCACCGGGCUGCCGGAGGACUCGGAGGCCGGCGUGGUCAGCGGGAUGCGCAGGGAUGCGGAGGUGCUAAUUUAUGUCGAUGUGGCGGCCAGUUUGAAGGAUGGCGGGAUCAAGUGGUGGAUAAGUGAAAACGGGGUGGUGCUGACCGAGGGCGAUGUCAACGGGCUGGUGCCGCUGAAGUAUUUUAAGGAGGUGGCCGGGAGGAAACAGGGUGUGGGACUGCUCUGGACGGAUGGCGUGAAGGUUGCCGACUUGCCGGAGAAUCUUCAGGUGAAGACGCCGUAUGGGAAAGGGGGUAGUGGUAGUGGUGGUGGUGGGAGGAGGGGAGGAGGUGGUAGGGGCCGGGGGAAGUGA